AUGAUCGCAGGCGACCGAAGCAGGCGUGAGCAUGUGACAAAAAGUUCCCGGUUUCUUUGGAAUAUGUUCAAAAAGUAAGCAAUUAUAUUGUGUUUCUUUUGUUUAUCCUAUACAAUUGUCUAGAUAAAAAUUGUUUUUCCUUCCCUCCUCUUUGGUUAUACUACAAACGAGUCCAAUUUUCUCUUAGGAAAACCCCUUGGUCACAUGAAGUUUUAAAGUCACUUGGGAUUUGCAUGUUUUCAAGAAUAAUCACGCGUUAGUUUAUGGUUUAUCACAGAUUAUAAGAAAUUCUUCCGCCUUUUUUUUGACGGAAAGCCACUUUUAAGUGCAAGCCUAAUUCAAAUACUCGAUCUAUUUUGUUAUUUUGCCGUUAACUGAUUUUUCUUACUAAGAGUGUGAAUAUUUAUAGAAAUUAACUUUUACUUGGCAAGUUCCAUGUAAAAUAUUUUGUUGACGAGUUGUGGUGUGUUUAAACUGGUUUAAACCAAUCUCUCGCACUAUGGCCUUGAGUGAAAUUUCGCUGAAAAGGACUAUAUUGGAAUUUGUCUCAUGAAAAACAUUUUCUUCUUUGUGAUAUAUUUCUUUCACGUGUUUUUUUUUUUAUCCACCAGAUUUCAGGCUGGGGAAGCUGUCUCGGGAGUAAGUCAAGUAAAGUCAUCUGUUCAGCGGGCAAUAAAGGCCAAACUUGUUGAGCAGUUUCCUCCCAUAGAAGAUUUCAUGGCAGAAAUACUUCCUAAAAAAGAGUCUUUAGUGGUGGUGAAAUGGUAA